AAACCCAAAAAAGAAAGUCAGAAAGUCAGAAAGUCAAAUCUGUCCAACCGGUCCACUCCUCCCUCUCUCUUUUUAAAUUUCGCAGAAGAAGAAGAAGAAGGAAGCAAGAGCAAGAGAGAGAAGGAGAAAAAGAAUGUGUGGAAUAUUUGCGUAUUUGAAUUACAAUGUGAACAAAGAGAGGAGGUAUAUUCUUCAGGUUCUCUUCAAUGGCCUCCGCCGUUUGGAAUACAGAGGCUACGAUUCUGCUGGGAUCGCCAUCGAUUCAAAUUCCUCCGAUCCAAUUCCAUCAUCGUCUUCCUCCCACAGUUCCACCGUCUCUCCGCCCCCUCUCGUUUUUCGCAGAGAGGGCAACAUCGAGUCCCUUGUCAAAUCCGUCUAUCAAGAGGUUGCUGAAACAGAUUUGAAUUUGGAUGAAUCCUUUUCUGUCCAUGCUGGCAUAGCGCACACCCGGUGGGCAACCCAUGGAGAGCCAGCUCCGAGGAACAGCCAUCCUCAAAGCUCUGGUGAUGGAAAUGACUUCUUGGUUGUUCAUAACGGGGUUAUUACUAACUAUGAGGUCUUAAAGGAAACUCUAGUCCGACAUGGGUUCACAUUUGAAUCUGAAACAGACACAGAAGUAAUUCCAAAGCUUACCAAAUUUGUUUUUGACAAAGCAAAUGAAGAAGGUGAUCAGACUGUCACAUUUAGUCAAGUGGUGCUUGAAGUUAUGAGGCAUCUUGAAGGAGCCUAUGCUCUUAUUUUUAAAAGCCGGCACUAUCCAAAUGAAUUGAUUGCUUGCAAACGUGGCAGUCCAUUGCUCCUUGGUGUCAAAGAUUUAACAGAAAACAUGAACAAUGCAUCAGCAUUUCAUGAUGAAAAAUUCCUCUCAAAGAAUGAUCAUCCCAAAGAACUUUUCUUAUCCAGUGAUGCCAAUGCUGUUGUUGAACACACAAAGAAAGUUUUGGUUAUUGAGGAUGGUGAAGUAGUUCAUCUUAAGGAUGGAGGGGUAACAAUCCUGAAGUUCGAUAGUGACAAGGGAAAACAUGGCGGUUCCUUUUCUAGGCCUGCUUCUGUGCAACGUGCAUUAUCUGUUCUUGAGAUGGAGGUUCAGCAAAUAAAUAAAGGAAAGUAUGAGCAUUAUAUGCAGAAAGAAAUUCACGAACAACCGGAAUCUCUGACAACCACAAUGAGGGGGAGGCUAAUUCGUGGAGGCUCCCACAAAGCCAAGACAGUUCUUUUGGGUGGGUUGAAAGAUCACCUUAAAACAAUUAGGCGUAGCAGGCGGAUAGUUUUCAUUGGUUGUGGAACAAGCUAUAAUGCUGCUUUAGCUGCAAGACCCAUCUUGGAAGAACUUUCUGGUGUCCCUGUUACUAUGGAAGUUGCUAGUGAUCUCUUGGAUCGGCAAGGACCAAUUUAUCGAGAAGACACAGCUGUUUUUGUUAGUCAAUCUGGUGAAACUGCAGAUACUUUACUUGCAUUGGAAUAUGCUUUAGAAAAUGGUGCAUUAUGUGUUGGCAUAACAAACACUGUCGGUAGUGCAAUAGCCAGGCAUACGCAUUGUGGCGUACAUAUAAAUGCUGGUGCUGAGAUUGGUGUGGCAAGUACCAAGGCAUACACAAGUCAAAUAGUAGUGAUGGCCAUGUUAGCGCUAGCAAUUGGAGGUGAUACCAUUUCCAAUGAAGCCAAAAGAGAAGCUACAAUAGACGGUCUGAUUGACUUGCCAAACAAAGUCAGAGAGGUGUUGCAGCUUGAUCAGGAAAUGAAGGAUCUUGCAAAACUAUUGAUUGCUGAGCAGUCACUCCUUGUGUUUGGGAGAGGAUACAAUUAUGCAACUGCCCUGGAGGGUGCUUUGAAAGUAAAGGAAGUGGCUCUUAUGCAUAGUGAAGGAAUACUUGCAGGUGAAAUGAAACAUGGUCCUUUGGCUCUAGUUGAUGAAAAUCUCCCUAUUGUUGUGAUUGCUACUCGUGAUGCUUGCUUCAGCAAGCAGCAGUCUGUAAUUCAGCAACUUCAUGCCCGCAAAGGUCGGCUAAUAGUGAUGUGUUCAAAAGGAGAUGCUGCUGCAGUGUGCCCUGGGGAAUCUUGUCGCGCAAUUGAAGUUCCGCAGGUUGAGGAUUGUCUUCAACCUGUUGUUAAUAUAAUCCCCUUACAGUUGCUAGCAUAUCAUCUCACUGUCUUGAGGGGGUUCAAUGUUGAUCAGCCUCGGAACCUGGCAAAGAGUGUGACAACCCAGUAGAUUUCUGCUGACCAAACUCAUGCGUCUUUGACUCUUACACAAUGAGAGAAUUCAGGAUCCCAGCUGAAACCAAACGGCACCUUUAGAAUUUUUUUUUUUUUUUUGUGUGUAUAUUUUUGGCUAUGUAAACGGCAACACAGAUGCAUUUUCUGGUAUUUAUGCUGAGGUUAUAAUAUGGUAUUGUAAAUUAUCAGAAAUAGGAUCAUUAAAACAAUCAAAUGAUGCUAUUUUUUGGUCACAUUCCAACAAUGAGUUCUAUACAGUCAAAUCUAGUUAUUAUGUAGCUAA